AUGUAUAAACUGGGUGAGAAGAAGGAGCAGAAGAUGAUGACAAGGGACAUGAAGAGAAACAGUGAGCUGGAAACUUUAUUUAGCAGUGAGAUCUCUGAGGCUCCUCCUCCAUUGCUCAAUCUUCAACACCAUUCAACAAAGGGUAGAGUUUCUCCUUCUCCUUCAAACUCUUUCACCAAUGGGUUCCCUUCUUCACCCGAAGAUACCCCACCAUUUGAGGACCAACAACAACACCACCAUCACCACCACCCCAAGUUUCAUCACUGUGGACUCUGGUUGGAUUCUAAACGGUUACCCGAUUCCCAUUACAGAAACAAGAACGUCAAUGAAAAUAAGUUGGUCGAUGAUGGUUUUGGUUUGUGUGAGAAUCUGUAUCAAAUGCAUAUUAGAGAUGAUGAAAGGGAUGGGGAUACUUCUGGUCAAAUGAGGAAAUUUGAAAGGGACCCAGAUGGUUUCGCCUUCAGUUUUGGUGAUGUCUCGUCUUAUCACGCUGAAAAAUAUGGUUCUUACGAUGGUUUUAACAAAGGGUUUCAAUCGUCUCCACAACAAGUUUCGAUGUGUUUAGAUGGUGGUGAUGUCUUCAGGUCCACCUUUCUUGGGCUGCAAGGUACUGGAUACGAAAAGGGUGAUUCAUUUGGGUCUUAUAGUAUUGGUUACAAUCAGUCCAAUGAUUUGUCUUCAGUACCGAGUUGGCAUGAUAACCAAAGAAACUAUCUUUUGGAGCAGAGAAUGGAACAGGGUAGGGGAUUGGAUAAUAGGGGGAUGUUGCUGCAGGGUGCUUUUACCACUAGGCCCUACAUCGGUAACCCUUUUGUUUGUUCCCAGCAAUGUGGAAUUGAUGGUAAUGGAGGAAGAGCUGCCAUUGAUUCAUUGAGUUCUCCUGGGUUCUUGCACAGUAAGAUUCCUCUUGAGGAGAAUGUAAUGGAGGAUCAUAGUGUUAUCAUUCAAGGAAGAGGUUUGAAAUAUGAUAUCGAGAACAAGGGCUUUGAUUCGUUCAAAUGUUGUAAGAAAAAGACUCUCAAGGAGUUUGGAUUGCAAAACCUGCAAGAGAAAAACUCUAAACUUGAUAAAAGACAUGGAGAAAAUGUAAUACUGAUGCCAAGUCCAUAUUCCUUAGUCGAGUUUCAAGGUUGUAUAUAUUACAUGGCUAAGGACCAGAAAGGUUGUCGCUUCCUACAAAGGAUAUUUGAUGAAGGAAGCUGCUUGGAUGUUCAAAUUAUAUUCAACGAGGUUAUUGAAAACAUUGUUGAACUAAUGAUGGACCCCUUUGGAAACUACCUUGUCCAAAAGUUGCUAGAUGUGUGUAACGAAGACCAAAGGCUGCAGAUUAUUCUCACUGUGACCAAAGAAACCGGACAGCUAGUGAGGAUUUCCUUGAACACAUAUGGUACACGUGUGGUACAGAAGUUGAUUGAGACUCUCAAAUCCAGACAACAGAUUUCUCUUAUCAAAUCUGCUCUUAAACCUGGAAUUCUUGAUCUCAUCAAGGAUCUUAAUGGGAAUCAUGUGUUGCAGCGCUGCUUGCAAUGUCUUAACAAUGAAGAUAAUAAGAUUAUUUUUGAUGCUGCUGCAAAAUUUUGCGUAGAUAUCGCCACUCAUCGCCAUGGCUGCUGUGUGUUGCAACGUUGCAUUGCUCAUUCCAAUGGACCACAUCGAGAUAAGCUAAUCACUCAAAUAUCCAGAAAUGGACUUCUUCUUGCUCAGGAUCCUUUCGGGAACUAUGUUGUUCAGUACAUUAUAGAGCUGAAGGUCAACUCUGGCAACUUACUAUCUCAGUUCAAAGGGCACUAUGUUCAUCUCUCAAUGCAGAAAUUUAGCAGCCAUGUGGUUGAAAAAUGCCUCAAGCAUUUUGCAGAGAGUAGGUCUCAGAUCAUCCGUGAGUUAACCUCUGUUGUUCACUUUGAACAAUUAUUGCAAGACCCAUUUGCCAACUAUGUAAUUCAGUCUGCUUUAGUAGUAACCAAGGGUCCUCUACAUGCUUCUCUAGUAGAUGCGGUUCGACCACACACGAUCCUUCGUACCAGCCCGUAUUGCAAGAGAAUUUUCUCAAGGAACCUCCUAAAGAAGUGAUCGAAGUCACUUUGCCAAAGUGUUGUUGUUCGUCCAAAGUUUGCUAGCUUGUUCAGUACAAAAUAAGUAAAUGUCCUGGGAUUACUAGAUAGAGAAUGUAAGAUGAAGCUACUGGUGCUGAAGUCUUUGAUGAAAAGACUUACAGCCUCAGAUCAGCGGAUCAUCUGCUUUGGAAAGAGUCCUAAGGAUGUAGAAGAAAAUUUUUGCUUCUAGUUGUUUAUUAUGUAGUUGCAACUUGUAUUAUUCUGUUGUCUUGUUGU